AUGAGCGACAUUACCAUCAUCCGCUCCGCGAACCUGGAGACCCUCCAGAACUUAGCCUUAUGGGGUAAAUUUCUCCCCGUCAAUUCUGCGGUCAGGGAAAAAGCCGCCGCCAUGACCGCCGCCACGACCACAACCGCCGUCACCGUCGCCACCGAGCAGCUGGAGGUUGACACGGAGGAGGAGGACGAGUGGGAGAACGUGGAGGACGACGUGGAGGACGACGAGAUGGGAAUUGACGAGCAGGGAGGCGGAGUGGAUCAGGAGGACUGGGAGUGGGGUACGGACUCGGAAUCGAAGGAGGGGGCAGGGGGCCAGGAGGACUGGGAGUGGGUUACGGACUCGGAGGAGGCUGAUUGA